UGGACAUGUGGGGAGGUACUCCUCCGUUCCACAUCUUGCUGGGUAUUUGAUGUUUGGUCCGCCUAACUCUAGUAACAGUGGGAACGUUCUCCAAAGGCCAUAUCGAAAUAAAUAGUCUCGUCGUCACAAACUUUAAAUAACCCAUAACCGAAUGAGCAUUGACGCAUGACGGUGUAAAUACUGCCAUUUUUGGCACCGAAUCCGGUCGUUCUACAACUCUUGCCAUGUUCCUGGACGGCCGGAGCCAUGAAGCCCCACGUCACAGGAUGAACGCCAUCAUGAACUGACUGGUGUUCUUGAGAUUGGACAAUUUUGUCGGACACGUAGUACUGGCAUGCUUGAAUUUCACCCUCUAAGUCACGAAGAGGAACUGCAUUUUACGGAGGAAUUUUGGGCUCUCUCAUCUUUAACGCUUCAACGGACGAGAGAGUGGGCAACGGAUCACGAUGUAAUGCACCCAGAAAGGACGGACGAGCCAGUUUCUGCGAUCACCGACUGAACCUGACGUAUAACGGAACACGUUUUUGUUUGACCAGAUCGAAAAGGUCACUCUUCAAUGUUCGUGCCUACCUGCUCCCGGCGGAAAGCAUAAAGACCAGGCCUUUGAAUAUAAAGGGCAGAACAAAAGUUCAAUAUACAUGAACGGUCUUUCCCAGCUAUUAAAGGGAUACCUUUUAUUGUGCAUAAUAAACAUUGCAUCUGUGACUUGAAAAGGAACUCGACAGCAAAAUACCCACCGCUCUCGUGUUGUCGUGCAACCGUUGGAGUAGUUCUUAUCACCACAAACGUCGCGCAGGAAGGGCACACGUGCGAGGCAGCCCACCUCGGUUGUAGACCGACUUGUGCAUGCCGACAAGAUGGCGGUCAACAGGUUCAAACUGCCCCGGUCGGUGAAGGUGGUGUUGAUGGUCGCCCUACUCUGUUACCUUUCCAUCGUGCUGGUCGGCAUGGCGGCGAGAAUGCAGAAGCCUGCCUACCCCUGGACCGUCAACGACGGUUAUUUCCCCGCUGCCCUCGUGGGUCUGAAACACACGGACAGCCGCUUGACGAGCUCGGGGAACCAGACAGCGGAGCAGAAGACGGCAAAGCCUAAAACAGCGCCGUGUCCCAAGACGAUAGCCUCCCUCACCAAAUACUCCAAGUGGUUCCGGGAGAGGUACCAGCCCGGCAUCAAGCUCUUCUUGGACAGGGACGACACCAAACACUACGACAACCUCUCGGCCAGCGGACCCCCCUUCGGCUUCAAAAGACAGAACCUGACAGUUCUGAGCCAAAUCUUGCAGCACAAAGACUUUGCCAAUCCGCCGGUUCACGGACUGGCCGGUAGGCAGAGCUGCAUUCGAUGCGCUGUGGUGGGCUGUGGGGGCAUCCUGAACGGCUCGGGGGCUGGCAAAGAAAUUGACGGCCACGAUUACGUCUUCAGACUGAACAGGGCAUUGUCAUCAGGGCGGUUCGCAAACGACGUUGGAAAACGGACCACGUUCUACACGUUUUUCCCAGAGUCGCAGCACCUUAAUGAUGUGGAAGACGAGAAUGUUCUUGUAUUCUAUGCGAUUUUCAAAGCUUACGACGCCGACUACGCACUGAAUAUGAUGAACGGGGAGAAACCGCCCAAGUACAUAAGCAGAGGAAAGACAUAUGGCGUCAGGACACCUGUCGUGAGUCCCACCAGGGUGAAAUUUGUUCACCCCAAUUUCUUCACCUACGUCUUCAAGACUUUUUUGGACAGCAAAGCCUACAGACCGACCACAGGCGCGCUGGUGGUGUUCCUAGCUCUCCACAUCUGCGACGAGGUCACCAUCUACGGCUUCGGCUACGACCCUCGCUUCACCAUGCACUACUACGACACCAAGUUCGUGGUGCACACACGGGCCUCAACGGGCACCCACGACGUAGACAACGAGCGAAAACUGUGGCACAAACUCCACGAGGAAGGUGCCAUCAGGCUUUUCAAGAGAGACUUGUGACCCAGCAUGUAGAGAAGGCGUGAUACUAGACGGAAAGAGUCCUAGCCGACCUGGAACAUCAGAAUUCAAUUUUGAUGACUGUUUAUAUAAAAAAAAUCUGAAUGCUUGAAAUGCUGAACCUGCAGACAAUAAUAACAUAAAGCCAAAGAUAUUUAUUCAGAAAACUUGUGCCUCGACAUCGUUCGACUGUCGCACAGUGACUAAUGCUAUAUAUACGAAUUUAUGAAAACUGGAAAACCAUGCAGGUACCGUGACUGAGUUUGGGGACUGACAUGUUGUUAACAAAUUUGCUGUUUCUCCAUUAAUUGGCUACAACAUCGGCACGAGCACUUGGUUGUACAGCCGUGAAAUUAUAAAUAGAAAACCGGUGGCUGCCAGUUUUUUAAUUGAGAGAUCAAGCCGGUAAACCACUCAUUCUCUGGUCCGUCUCUGGCUUCACCCGAUACUUUAACCCCCUGACUCUGGCGUUGGUUGUGCGCUCCGUUUCAACCAAUUAACGCCCGAACUAAGUCCCAUCGUCGAGGCAAAUCGUGAAUUUUUCCUGUUUAAUUUGAACAGUCUUGUUGGCCUAAAGGCCGGUAUUGAUAUGUGAGACGGAGCCGAUAUCGGAAAAAAAAAACACUUUCCCGAAUCGUAUCGCCUGUGGCCGGAAUAUAACAUGUAAAAUUUUUAAAAAAUGAAAAAUGAAAAUGAACCAAAAAAACAAACGAGGGUACCAUGCCCUUUCAAAUAAAAUACUACUGUGAAUCUACAGUGUACCUAUGAACACCA